AUGGCAGAUUCAAAGGGCGGCGCCGGCGGGAUGGGCAUGAACAUGGUGACCACGGUGAUGGCCUUCUCGGUCAGCGCCUUCUUCGUGCUCUUCGUCUUCACCAGGCUGCUCUGCGCGCGCCUCCACCUAUCCAGGGCGGCCGCCGCCGCCGCCUCGUCGUCCAGGGCUACAACGUGUACGGUGUGUCUGGAGGUGUACGAGGCGAAGGACAUGGUGCGCGUGCUGCCCGCCUGCGGCCACGCCUUCCACGCGGCCUGCAUCGACGCCUGGCUGAGGCAGCACCCCACCUGCCCCGUCUGCCGCGCCUCCCUGCGCGCCAAGAACGGCACCCGCGCCACGCCGCUCGACUACAGCCUCCUCGUCGCCGGCGCCGCAGCGAGGGGCCCCGCGGCCGCGGCCGCGGCCACCGCCCAGCAGGUCCCCGCGUCCUCGUCCGACCUCGGCGCGUCACCGCAGGCAGUCGAACACCAGCACCAGACGGACGACAUGGGGGAUGAUGGCCUGCUGGAGAUCAUCUCCGAAGAGCCCGCCUCCUCGGGAGAGCCGAGCCCUGCAGCAGCAGCUGCUGCUGGUAUCCAUCCUCGCUGCGCCGACGCGGCGACGCAGAGCGAAGGCAGCGCCGGCGCGUCCGAACAUAUUGCUAGCUAG